UCUCAGCUUGUUUCCUAAUCUAGUCGUCUACUAAACCUAGCAUUGCGUGUUUGUCAUUAUUAUUUACUUCAGCGGUUUUUGUAGUAAACUACAUUACCCAUAAACCCUUGCUGCAGGCUCUAAAUCUUACAGGAAAUCGUAUGGAUUUAUCAACAUCUCUGCUGCUCCGAAACGUCACAUGUAUGUUCACCUUUAGCAUAUGAACGCAUUAACUCUGAUUACCUCGUUGAUAUUGAAACUAAGACUCUGGACUGUGAGUUUUAUUCUCAGAUGAGACAGAUGGGCGGAAAAUAGGACACGCAAAUACAACGAGACGAACGCGCUUGUGCUUAUCGAGAGACGCGUAAAGAGCGGGGCAUGAUGGUGGAUAACCGGCACGCCACAGCUCUGGUCAUCGCCGGGGUUUUAAGCGUCCUGGCCUCCGUGUAUCUGUCGGUGUCGGUCGGCUCGCCGCACUGGUACCGGUACACGAGCCCGCCGGUGCGCGCGGAGCCCAACGCCACGGAGCUGCGCGCGCUGCAGGACGAGUUUCUGGAAGGAGACUUUGACGAGAAAACCGUGAGCGACGCGCUGUUCCGCAUGAACGGGACGCUCGGACUGUGGUGGAGAUGCAUUCAGACGCCCACUGACGCGCACUGGUACAGAGAACCCGAUCCAAAGAUGGUGAUGGAGUGUGUGAGUUUUACUCUCUCGCAGCAGUUCACUCCAAAAUACAAAGAGCCCGGAAAUCACAACAGUGGAGAAGAUCUGAUACGAACCUGUGAGCUCACACACACACACACACACACACA